AUGGACAAAAUUAUCAGAACAAAAAAACUGAGCCACAAGAACUUGCUCGCUAUUGAGCCUCAUCUUCAAAAAAUGACCAGCGAAAGCUCACAGAAAGUAGCCAUAUGGCUUACAAAGGGUCCAUACGACGGUAUAGAAGCGGACAGCAUGAUUCGGUUUAUCAAAGCGUACAUACGAUCAGCGCACCCUGUCUUCACCGUAGAAAUGUACAAAUAUCUGCAAACGAAAGACAAUGCACUCCUAGAAGAGUAUGUCAAGCGGUUCGUACACAUGAAAACACACGAUGAAGGCUUGAUCAAGAAAACCAGAAGAGUGGAGAAGAACAGGAUAGUUGACAAGACGGACAGGAGGAUAAAACGCAAAGCUGUGGAAAGAGCGAAAAAAAGUGUGCAACUGCAAAGAGAGGAGAGAAGCGAAACCAAGGAGAAAAUGAGGCAGUUUUACAGCGAUGUGCAGAAAUAUAAAUAAAUUAUUGAUUCUCCUA